UUCUAAUUUAUCAAGGAAACUAAGUUCGGUGGACUUGCUCAGCGGGCGGUGGCCAUGGCGAGGGGCGCGCGCCACCCCCGGAGACCUCCGACGCUGAUCCUAGUGGCCCUCCUCACCAUCUCCGUCGUCCUGCUGGUGCUCCUCGCGCUCGGCGCCUUGUCCCUCCCCGCGGUUUCCAAGGACGGCCGCGUGGCCGAAGUACGCCGCUCCGUCGGCGAGGCGAGAGAUGAACUCCAGGAGACAGGGGAGCAAUGGACGGAAGUACUCUCGUGGGAACCGAGGGCCUUCCUCUAUCACAACUUCCUGUCCAAGGAAGAGUGCAAGUACCUAAUUGAACUGGCAAAGCCUUAUAUGAAGAAGUCAACAGUUGUAGAUAGCACUACUGGGCGGAGUACAGAUAGCAGGGUUCGGACAAGCUCAGGGAUGUUUCUUAGAAGAGGACAAGAUAAAAUCAUUCGAGCUAUUGAGAAGAGAAUAGCAGAUUUCACCUUCAUACCUGUAG